AUGGACAAUGAGCGUCGGGCACGGCAGAAUCCCCCAGGUUACGCGAGCCAGCACCAGCACCAGCAGGGCGCGCUGCUGCAGCCGCAGUCCUCAUAUCCCGUGGUAAGCGCAUCCGACCGCUUCAGGCAGGCGCCCUUGACCGCGCCGCCGCCGUCGUCCGCCGCCGGCUCGGGAGGCCGCACCAGCUCGCAGAGUUACGGUUACGCUUACGGAGAAGGCUCACAGUUCGUCGGAGCGGCCAUCCAGCCGGCGGGCGUGUCGUACGGCGCACAGGACUAUGCGCCGCCCGAGCAGCAGCCGGCGCGCGCGUCGCAGCAGUAUCCGCAAUACGGGCAGAGCGUCCUGUACGGCGCGCAGGCCGCCGCGCCGGGCUCCGCGCAGUAUGAGCCCGUACAACAGUACCAGCAGGGCCGGGACUCGGCCAUCGAGGUGCUGGGCACCGGCUUUGGCGUUGCACAACCGCAAUACUACGCCGGCGUGCCCAGCGAGGGCGGCCCUACGAGCGCGCCUUCCUCGGCCAUCGCGCCGCAGAACGUUGCUCCCCAGUAUCCCCCGCUCGGAUAUACCCCCCAGGCCCCCGUCGGACGCGAACCGCUUGCGCCCGCCUACACCGCCGCAGGCAUGACGGACCCGCACCCCGCGACCUCCCAGCCCGGAUACCCCCAGCCCGGCUUCGGCGAGCCCCAGGGCGGCGCCGGCAACGAAUACGACGACUUCUACAACAACUACCAGACGGAGCUCAAGAAGACGUUCGAGCACGUCCGCGACUCGCGCCUGGCCGAGGCCGCCACGCAGCUGUUCAGGCUGUCCGACUGGCUGCUCCACUGGGCCGAGACACUAGCUGAAUUGACUAUAGGCCUAGUGCGCGACGACGAGGCCCACUACCAGCAGCGCCUCAGCCUGUGGGAGGAGUUCAACAACUGCUGGCUCACGCUGCUGCAGAAGCAGAAGGACAUGGUGAACGACAUGGUCAGCACGGGACAGCGGCCGCAGCCGCCCCAGACGGUCAUCGAGUACGACUUCCUGGAAAAGAUGGGCACCCAGCUCGUCAAGAACUGCGACAACAUGGAGAAGCACGGCCUGGUCGACUACCAGAUGGGCGUCUGGGAAGAAGAAAUCGUAGCGAUGCUGACCUCCUGCCUGGAUCAGCUGGACGAAAUCAGCGGCGGCUCGUCUUCGCAGCGACCCUCGGCCUCGACAGCACGAAGGCGAUGA